AUCGCUAGGCAACAGUUAUUUUGCUAUAAUUCAGUUACCUACCAAAAUCAAGUCGCGCUUGCUUUCUUGCGCUAGAAAGUGAUUUUUAAAUUGACAUCCCAAAGACUGAACCAGUUGAAGAUGACUGACACGGCGCGGGACAAGGCCGCCAGGCUGCUGAGGAAGCAGGGAAGUGUGUCGUCCAUGUCGAGUGGAGACCUCCACGCAAAACAACACAAGAUCGGUUCGAUGAGCACCGUGUCAUACAUGGAUGAGCCUGGUCACGAGGAACACUUCCGACCUCCGAUACGACUGGAGAACACGUACCAGCUGACGCCAAUCAAACGCUUCCCCAACCUCAAGAUCCAGCAGCUGAUCAAGGACAGCAUGGAGGCCUACCUCAGUGAGGAGCGGUACGAACCCGAACUCUGCAGACAGAUGUCGAGGACACUCUCUGAGGUAAUCAAGGCUCGAGUAAAGGAGUUGGUGAUCCCGCGAUACAAGAUUAUCUGUGUGGUACAUAUAGGACAGCUGGCAUCCCAGGGCAUGCGAGUCAGCAGUCGGUGUCUGUGGGACGCGGGCAGUGACACGUUCGCAUCAUUUGAAUACCGCAACAGGUCUCUCUAUGCCAUUGGCUGUGUGUAUGGCAUUUAUUACGAAUAACUGGAAAAACACUUAGGUUCACAGGUCUCCGUGCGUAAUACCCUCGGUGCAAUGGCUUGAAAUAAUAUAAUAUUAUAGAAGUGUCCUUUUACGUGUGGGCUUUAGCUUUCGGUAUUUCAGCAUAUCAACAGUACGCCAAAGAUAUAAGUUAACAGAAUUUACCAUUCAUGCCAGAUUCAUGAUCGAAAAAUAUUUUUUUGUCUUGGAACAGAUGGAAGAUCAAUUUCAGAUUAAUAAUAUGAAGAUAUUUAAAAAAGGAAUAUAUCUUUUACUUAAUUCCAAAUGAGCUAAAAAAAGAAAGAAAAAAUAACUAUCAAUAUCUGAAUAAUGAUAUAAAUUUUUAUUUUUCAUAUGAAACCAACUGUAAUUGAGAUAAAGAAAAAGGGUUGAUUUUUGACACCCAAUAUGAUUUCAAAUAUAAUUUGAUAAAACUUGACUUUGAUAGUUGACUUUGAUAGUUAACGUGAACCAAGAGAAAUGUAUAUCGUCGAUUUUAAGGGUAAAAGGAAAGUAACCCCGACAUGUAUACAACAUUAAUUUUGGUCUGGGUUUAACUACUUUAUUAUAAAGUUAACAUUUUGUGAUAGGGUGAAAUGUUUUCUGCUGAAUAUUUGUAGAUAUAUAUUUCUUCCGGUGAUAUUUGGUUCAAGUAUACAUUGACUGAUUCUAGUAGCCUAAUAUUAUUAUAGUGAUGUAUUUGUUGUUAAGUACUGGUAUUUAUUCUUAAAUUAUAAUUACUAUAGUUAUCCAUGUUUGAUGUUACUUUGUUCUAAUGUUGAAAUAUUAGUGUAAGUUGGUUAAUAUUUCCAUAAUCACGUAUCAUUUUUAUAUAUAUAUAUAUAUAUAUAUAUAUGUUGUGUAUGUACAAAAAUAUGAACAUAAAUCAAAGAUAAUGUGCAGUAAAAUCAUGAAAAAUCAAAAUAAUUGUUUUACAGCAAGAUGAAAACCACAGUAAUUUUGCUUAGUGGAAAAGAUUUGAAUUCUAUUGUUCAAAUGUUAUUUUGUCACAUGCAAUAUAGGCAAAAAGCAAAUUGGAAGAUUUUCUAGUCACACUGUAUGUCAGUAUUUACUAUUGUCAUAUCAUGCCUAUUUUUCAUACCAUUUAGAAAAUCAUGGAAUACUAACAUCUAGGUUUUAUAAUAUUUCACAUUUCUAGAUAGUCCAGUACAUAUAUACCAGUGUAUUGGUAACUAGAUUAAUAUUGUAGGGCAUCAUUGAUAACACCCAGCUUAGAAAAGGUAACACCAUUUCAAAUACGUGGUCCCCACCCACUAUUUCAGAGAACCAGCCAUGCACGGAAUACAGAAAUACAGAUAAAGGUUGACAAGUUUUUCAUUGAAGUUACUGUACUGUACUCCCAAGUAAAUUCAGUGAUACGUGUUGAGGUCCAUAAAUGUUCAGUAUUGAAAAAUAAAGUGUGUCAAUGAGGCAUUCUAACUUGUAUAGAUAUUUCAGUAUGCUUUACACCCCAUUCGAUUCGGUUUCACAAUACAACUUAUAUAUUUAUGGCAAGAAAUAACUUUCCUCAUGUAUAAGGAUGAAGUAGUAAAUGUGGUGUUUGGGCAUUUUUUUAAAUGUAUAAUUUAUAUACAGUAUAUAUUUUGAUUAAAAUGUAUAAAUAUAAUUUUUAUAGUUUAAUAAAAGGCACUGUUCAUGUUUUGUGCACAGAUUCAAUGAUGGGUCACAAAAGACAUUUUCCUACUUGAACUCGAGUAAUUUCUCCUCAGUGCGUAGGUAACUUAAGCUUGUUUUAGUGCUUGAUAGGACAACCUCGCUAAAGUUUUCUUACCAUUAUGUCACUUGGAUUUCGUUAAACUUUAAGAUGUGUAAUAUUUUAUGAUUUACAGUAGUCAUGUUACACCUAAUGACUGUACACACCAAACUUUCCUUGUCAGUAAUGUAAUGUGUGCAGUAUGCAUCAGUUGGUGCACUCAUUUGUCAUGGGUUAGUUUAUUGUAACAUGGUUGAUGUUACUACACUCUGUUUACUCUGCACACAAUACAUGUUAAUUGUGAUGCUUAUCAUCCUGGUCAAACACCACUGAAUCAACAUGCUGAAAACGGAUCCGCUCGCUCCAUCUUUAAAGUUUUCAACUUUUUCUGAUAGCAGAAAAAGUGGGCAGUAGCAAGUGGAAUACUUGAAAUGACUAUUUUAAAUAACUACAGUCACUUCACAAAAUGGGUACAGAGGUGAUUAAAAACUAUUUGCAUGAACUGUCGGUUAAACACUCACACAUAUAUGCAUGCACACACACACACACACACUUGUGGUUUAGUCAUAGUCUAGUAUUGUCAAACAUCUUGUUAUCAGCCUUGAAAUACCUAUAUGCUUUAAAAGAUGGUGGUAUGCGGUAUCUUUGAUAUAAAAUACUGUUUUCACUUUAAGAGUAUAGUAUUAUGUUACCAGGGAGUUGUUUUAGUAUUUAGCAUGUGUACUGGGAAACUGUGUCUCCGGUGUUGUAACAACAGCUGCGGUUUGGUCAAAUCUUCAUUGUUUGUCAACCAGUCUAGUCUGUAGUUUCAAACAUCUGCACAAAAUUAAUGUUCUUCAUAUAUAUAAUUAUUUCUUAAUUAUUGUUUAAAUUGAUUGUUAUCAUGUUUCUGUGUUGAAUAUGCCAUUCUUGUUUGGCUUACUGUCUCCAUGUUUGAUGAAAAGAACAAUUUUAGCUUUGCAUCAUCAUUUGUUACUGUACCAAGAUGUAUCUCAUUCAGAUAAAAAUUAUUGUGAAAAAAGCCCAUGAAGUGUGCUUUUUUUAAAAGCAUUUAUAAUAUUAAUUGGUUGUGUCUUGAACAAAUAUAUUUUAUUGUAAAGUUGUAUUUUUAUUGAAUGUCUUCCUGUUCACACCAUUUAUAUAUCAAUCCACUGUUUAUAAGUUGGCAUGAGCUACCAACGUUAAUCAUGUCAUAGUAUUAAUUAUACAUCAACCACUGUUGAUACGUGAGCAUGAGCUACCAAGGUUUAUUAUGUCAUAGUAUUAAUUAUACAUCAAACCACUGUUGAUAAGUGGGCAUGAGCUACCAACGUUAAUCAUGUCAUAGUAUUAAUUAUACAUCAAACCACUGUUGAUAAGUGGGCAUGAGCUACCACGGUUAAUCAUGUCAUAGUAUUAAUUAUACAUCAACCAGCUACCAAGGUUAAUCAUGUCAUAGUAUUAAUUAUACAUCAACCACUGUUGAUAAGUGGGCAUGAGCUACCAAGGUUAAUCAUGUCAUAGUAUUAAUUAUACAUCAACCACUGUUGAUAAGUGGGCAUGAGCUACCAAGGUUAAUCAUGUCAUAGUAUUAAUUGUACAUCAAACCACUGUUGAUAAGUGGGCAUGAGCUACCAAUAUUAAUCAUGCCAUAUUAAUUACUAGUAUACAUCAAACCACUGUUGAUACGUGGGCAUGAGCUACCAAGGUUAAUCAUGUCAUAGUAUUAAUUAUACAUCAACCACUGUUGAUAAGUGGGCAUGAGCUACCAAGGUUUAUCAUGUCAUAGUAUUAAUUAUACAUCAACCACUGUUGAUAAGUGGGCAUGAGCUACCAAGGUUAAUCAUGUCAUAAUAUUAAUUGUACAUCAAACCACUGUUGAUAAGUGGGCAUGAGCUACCAAUAUUAAUCAUGCCAUAUUAAUUACUAGUAUACAUCAAACCACUGUUGAUAAGUGGGCAUGAGCUACCAAGGUUAAUCAUGUCAUAGUAUUAAUUGUACAUCAAACCACUGUUGAUACGUGGGCAUGAGCUACCAAGGUUAAUCAUGUCAUAGUAUUAAUUGUACAUCAAACCACUGUUGAUACGUGGGCAUGAGCUACUAAGGUUAAUCAUGUCUUAGUAUUAAUUAAUGAAGUGAGACAAACAUUAGUUAUCUGCCCUUUUGGUAAGUGGGCAUGGGCUACUGAUGUCAUGUAAUAGUAUUAAUACUGGCCUCAACAACCAGUUCUGUCUGAAUCAUGUGCAUUUUCUGUAGAUAUUAAUGUUAAAAAGAAAACCUAUUUUCAGUAUCAAAUUGGGUAAAUUUAAUAAUUUUGUAAUGCGUAAAUUUUUCAGUAUUCUCUUUUUAAGUGUUUGCAAACUGCUAGCCAUUUGUCCGAUAAAGAUGUUUAAAUUGUGAUCAAAAAGCUUUGUGUAAAACUAGAUUUCUUUGUGAAGUACCAUAUAUGUUUAUUUGAUGUUGUAAACUAAAGUAGUGGACAUUACUUGAAAGUUCAUGUGGUCCAAUAUAAUGAAAGAGUUUGAUAUGUUGUUGACCAAGUAGAAUAAAAUUCAGACGUGUCUAAGUUUCAAGACUAAAAUUAAGACCUCUACUAUUCAGCCCGGAGAAGUAUAUGCAUUUACCGUUUAUUGUAACACUCCCCAACCAGAUAGAUGGUUCUCUGUUUCCUUUAAACGGUUGUUUACAGUCAUAUAUUCUAUUUUGUACUGACCCUGUUAUCAAGAUCGGUUUGUUAUUUUUUGAAUGUAUAUUUUUGUAUUACUUGGUGUAACUCUAUUGUGCAUCCAUAUUUGAAAAUAAAUGUAUAUAUUCC